AUCAGCUGAGAUGAGCAAUAAGUCAGUGCUCAGCGUUCAAGUAGACUAUAGCUUAUUGAAUUGUAGUAAAACUCAAUAAUGUAUUAUUCGCCCAUACUGGUUUUGGUUCUUAUAACUAUUCUGUCAUUAUCUGGAGCGUAUUCUGAAAGGUACCCACGCGACUAUCGAAAGAGCAACUAUGAAUCGCCACUAAACGACGAACCUCAAGAUGAAGUCCUAGACAUUGGAAAUGGAAACUAUAGAAAGAAUGUUAUCGUCAUGGAGCCUGGAAAUUCUCAGCCUAAUCCACUGGGUAAUAGAUUCAAUGCCGAUCCUACCCGGCAACGGACUUAUACCACUAAUAUAGGAAACGGCAAUCAUAAUCACAACAUAAUUGAUUUUGGAGCAAGUGCUCCAGAGACCAGUGACCCUAAUGGUGAAAAUAGCGGAGGAACAAGUUUUGUACACAAUGGUAAUAAUGGAUUGGACGUUUUUCAUGUUGGCUAUGGUAAAAACAACCAAAACCAUAUUACUGUUGACGGCAGACCCAUAAAACCAAAUUGCCACGGGAGUACAUGCGAGGACGUGAAAGUGUAUCUUAGUAAGAAUGGCGCCGCCAAAACAAAUCAAGCGUUUUCUCUGUUGCUGUCUUCUCUUAGUAUUUUCUACCUGGUUCUAAUAUAAUCGUAUACGUGUCUGUAAAUAUUUAAUAUUACUUAUUAUAUCAAUCCAUACUCAA